AUGGCGCAGCUUAACUACGAACGUGUCCAUGAGGAACCUCUCAAGCCAUGCGAUGUUUUCGAUCUGAUCGGAGGUACUAGCACUGGCGGACUCAUCGCAAUAAUGCUGGGAAGACUCGAGAUGGGAAUCGAGGAAUGCAUUUCAGCCUACAGUGAACUAAUGCAUUUGAUCUUUGGCCAGAAGUUGAAUAAUCUUCCAGUUGACUGGGCGGGAAACAUUCGUGCACAAUACGACAGCACAAAGCUCAAACAUGCAAUUGGGCACGUUAUUGAGCGCGCCGGGGCAGCGCCGAAUGAGCUGAUGAACAAUGGACAGGCUCGCCGCUGCCGAGCUUUUGUGUGUACCACAUCAAAGGAUACGCUACAAAUUGCGAGGUUACGAAGUUAUGAUGUGACAAAUGAGGGCACCAUUCCCGCAACAAUCUGCGAAGCAGCUCUGGCAACCUCUGCAGCUACAGGUUUCUUCGAGGCAGUGUCCAUCGGUGAUUUAAAGUUUGUGGAUGGUGCUUUCGGAGCGAACAAUCCGAUGGAAGAGGUGGAAGAGGAAGCGGCUGAUAUAUGGUGCACCACUAGCCGGGUCUUGAGACCACUGGUGAAAUGCUUUCUCUCCAUUGGUACUGGGGCCCCUGCAAAGGCACCCAUAGAUGAUAACAUGCUUAAAUUUCUCUCCAAAACAUUGGUCAGAAUGGCCACGAAACCAGAAAGUACCGAGCAACGUUUCAUGGCUCGAUGGAGCAAGGAGCUCAGAGAGAAACAUGUCUGUCACUUCAAUGUUGAGCAGGGACUUCAAGACGUUCAUAUGACGGACUAUCAAAAGCGCAGUGUCAUUGAAUCGGCGACAUAUGACUAUUUACACCAUGCGUCUCAGAAAGGCCGUGUUCGAGAUUGUGUUUUGAAUCUCCUGAGCAAGAAAGGGAAGACGGAUCUUGAUUUCGACAUUGUGAUGCGUGCGUACGAAGCUCAAGAACUCCGAAGUCAAGUCAUCCAAACCAUUCAAUGUUCAGAAACCCCAUCCGUCCCGGGUAGGGUGCCAUGCUGGAUAGUUCCUUUCGAGCGAAACCAUCGAUUCGUUGACCGAGAGCUCCUCGGUGGUAUAAAAAGGAAAUUGUUCCUCGGCCGCCAAAUGCAAAGAAUUGCCAUUGUUGGUCUUGGCGGGGUAGGCAAGACCCAGAUUUCUUUGGAGUUGGCUUUCCAAGUUAGGGCAACCUAUCCGGACUGUUCCAUCUUCUGGAUCCCUGUUGUGGAUAUGGAAAGUGUCCAGCAGGCGUAUCAAAGCAUUGCAUCUCAGUUGGGCAUUGAACCCUCCAACGCAGAUGGAACAGAUGUAAAGAAAGCGGUGCAACAACAUCUCAGCCGACCGCAGAGUGGACGGUGGCUUCUCGUUUACGAUAAUGCGGAUGACUUGAGUAUGUGGACGCACUUAUCCUCUGAGACGGGAGGUGAGGGUCUCCGGGAAUAUCUCCCAAAGGCAACCGACGGCCAAGGGGCUAUUGUAUUCACCACGCGAAGUAACAGAGUUGCACAGUAUCUGGCAUCCACCGAGGUCGUCGAGAUAGCAGAGAUGGAUGAGCGUAAAGCCACCAAGGUCUUGAAGAAUUUGCUGGUCAACAAAUCUCUCGUGAUGACCAAGAAAACACCAGAAAGCUUUUGGCCCGCCUGA